CACCACCACAGACUAUAAUCUACUCGGGUUGAUAGCAUACACCUCGAGCAUUUUCGCACGUUAGUGCUUCGCAUUAACUCUUUCCGAAGGCGCCCAUCCUGUGCAGAAGACGCUGAUUAAGAGGUAUCGUAUCACAAGCCUACCGCUCAACCGCCCUCCGACAAGAGCAACCAAAAGGUCACCGCCAAAAGUUACAGUCACGAUGGAGUGCUCAUUCGGCAUCACCGGCAAGGGCUACACCAUCAUCGCCUCCGAUUCGACAGCAGGCAGAUCCAUCAUCAAGAUGAAAUCGGAUGAAGACAAGCAAAGGCAGCUGUCUAAACAUCUAGUGAUGGCCUACUCAGGAGAAUCGGGGGACACAGUGCAAUUUGCAGAAUAUGUCGAGAGGAACUUGCGCUUGUACGGCAUCCGUCACCACGUCGAAUUGAGACCACAAUCAGCGGCAGCAUGGAUCCGCAAGACACUUGCCGAGUCUUUGCGAUCACGGAAACCGUACCAAGUCAACAUGCUCUUGGCCGGCUUUGACCUGCCAACAGCUACACCGGCCCUCUACUGGAUCGACUACUUGGGUACACUAGCGAUCGUACCCUUUGCGGCGCACGGCUACGGUGCGCAUUUUUGCCUCAGCACAAUGGACAGAUACCAUAGCCCAGAUAUGAGCCUCGAGGAUGGCUUGAAGUUGCUACAAAGAUGCAUUGGCGAACUCAAGCAACGGUUCAUUGUUGAUUUGGGAAAAUGGAACGUUAGGGUCAUCGAUCACGAGGGAAUACGGCAAGUAGAGCUGCAGGAGACAGACAUUCCUGCGCCCGCAUGAUCUGGGGCAUUACGCCAAGAAGAAUGCACACGUAUCUCACAUGACUAAACAUUCGAGCACAGCGUGGAUGUGUAAGAGUAUGUGUCAUAUGAUCCCGGUUAUUUGGUGCGGAUCUUAAUGGCAUUGACCGCCCGGACCACUGCGAAUUCGCUCCGGAAAGCCAAAGCCUUCCGCAUCAGCCUUGUAGUAACCAAGAGAGGAAAAGCGUGCAUCUGACCCGACACCCUUAUACGAGCGUCGAACACCGUACAGCUCUGCUAGCCGUUUGUCGCGCUCAGUCAGCCUCAUCUGGACAUGGUCUGUCCUCUUCCGAAGCCACCAGCUCGAAAGCAGCCAAGACUUCCGUCCGAACCGCUCGGAGUGCAAGCCAAGCCCGACUCUGCGCAUUUUGCGAAGGUGCCUGAGUCCGAGGGCCGCACUCAAAGAGGCUCCAGCAAACGCGAUGGUGCAAGCUCCGAAGAACGCGAUGGGGUCAUCCUCGAGGCC